AGAACACAGAGCGGCAUCCCACCAAUGUCCGCCAGGAUCCUGAGCGUCCUCUGGAGCUCACAAAAUGAAGGUGUUUUCGUCAGAGCGUAUUUUCUGGGGCGAGACAUUGUUGCUCAUUUCCGUCUCUACCGUCGUCGCUCGUUCUUAACAAGCAGCGCUUGCCAGUCUCUCCUUCGCUUUUCUUGCCUCCACCACUGUUGUCUUGCUUUGUUCGACGAACAACUGCUUGCUGUUCUUCAAACCAACUCCGUUCACUCCUUUUUCUUUGGCCUUUUGGCUCACUCUCGUUAAGGAAUUGACUUCCGUACCGCUCAUUCUCUUCUUCAGCUGUGCUGUUCGAUCCCUCGGCCGUGACACCAGUUCAGGAAACCAACACGUUCAACAGACAAGAUGCAGUUCAAAGCUCUCCCAAUCGUUCUUCUUGCCAGCUUGGCAUCGGCGUCCGCCAUCCCACGGAACUACGGACCGGCCUCUGCUUCCGCUGGCUCUACUGCUGACUCCGUUUCCGCUAGCCAAGGCUACGGCAGCGAGCCAAAGCCAUCGACAAGCGCUACAGCCGACGCCGUCUCUGAUGCUUCUUCAAGUGCUGCUGUUUCUCCAAGUGCUGCAGCAAACCCUUGGGCAGGAUCUGGCUCUUAUGGUAGUGGAAGCCAAGCACUGUCUUCCAGCAGCCCAGCAGCCGCCAUUGCUGCAAGCUCUUCUGCUCCAGCGUAUGGUUCUGGCAGCGGCGUCAGUGCCUCUAGCAGCUCCGUUGCUGCCCCAGUCCUGCCAUCUAGCUUCGCAAGCUGGGUCUGGCCAUCUAGCAAGGCGAGCGCUACCGCCGGCGCUGUCGCAGGCGCGAGCAGCUCUGCGGCAGGGAACGCUACGACACCAUGCAGCGAGAGCGCUACUGCAUCAGUAACUGCUGGCGCUCAGGGUGCGUCAUCCGGUGCUUGGGAAGUAGUCACCUCGACCACUGAGUCCGUGGGAACUACCACGCUCGUCUACACUGAAGGCCCAUGGUCCAGCCAGGUCACCAAGACCCAGACCAUCAAGGUUACAGACACCAUCACGGUGACCAUGACCAGGCCUGUGACUGCUGCGGCCGCUGAGACCGCUGCCGCGAGCACUUCUCCCGAAUCCACAACCACCGUCACCUCCACCCGGACGCUCACCGUCACCAUGCAUGGCUCUCCUACCGGCGAGAGCGCCCCAACAGGCGCGACAGGCACCGGCAGCUGGCCAGCCGCUUCCACAAACGUUGAUGCCCAAGCCGCCGCCUCCACGAACGUCGAAGCCCAAGCCGCCGCCGGCACUGGCGCGGGCUGCUCACCUGUAACCGUCACCGUGGUCUCGACCUCCGUCUCGACAGCGUACGUCACCGUCACCGCCUGGCCAGCCCCAGCGAGCAGCUCGCCAGUCAAUGCCGCAGAAGCCGUGCCCAGCGCAUCGUCCAUCGCCUGGCCAGUUCCGUCCAGCAACAGCACCGCCGUCGCCGCCGCAGCAGCGAGCUCCUCUGCCUCCAAGUCCGGCUACUGGCCAAAGCCGUCCAAGACCCGUACCAGGCACGCCACCAGCGCGACUGCCACCGCCGACGCCGAGGACUCGGAGUGCACCGAGGACCCUCUGAUGCCCCCAUCCUCUGCGCCGGUCCGCCCGUCCAUGACCCCGUCGGCUAGCUCCAGCUGGCCGUCCGCAACGGCCGACGCCGUCCCGGCAUCCAGCUCGAGCGCCGCCACGUAUGGUGGCUACAGACGCUCUCACGCCGCACGACGCAACCUCUAGAGGAUCGGUCUGCGAGCGCGUUGUUCCGUAGGCAGGGCCUGCCAAGUGAGCACGUUCCUCCCCUCCCCUUCCCUCUUGGCAGGGAACCAAGAACAAACAGGAGGACAGGUUAUCACGCGUCUCACUUUCUUUUCUUUUCAAAAAAACACCCCCUUCUUCUUUCGAUCAGAGUGGAGGAGCGGAGCGGCGAGAGUCAACGUCAUUGCUGGCACCAAAUGUUCAAUUCUCGAUGACUUCGUGACGACGUUUUAUGCAUGACUGCGUGCUUUGCACCCCGCGAAACUGGGCGGGACGCUUGCAUGGUUUCCACUUUCGCAUUUGAGAUCCCUUCCACCCUCUUUUAUUCUGAUCUUUUGACAAAAUUUCUUCACUGUACAUUUUAGCACUUUCAAUUCUUGCAGACGAAGACACAAUACAAAAUCCAAGGAAAGAGGCUUAGGAAGCCCAUUCAGA